GAUGAUGAGAUUUGCUAUCCAUAAGUUUUUACUAGUUUUAUUCAACUUAUCUUGGCAUCAACUUAUCAUAUAAUAUGAAGCAUUUACUCGCUCUUUUUUAACCAGUUUAACAGCGAAAACAUAAAGUUACCCAAAACCGUCAUCAACAUCAAGACAGUCGUCACAAUGAUUACCAGUAAAUUAAAAUUGUAAUCAAUAAUAAAUUUGAAUCAGUUGAAAAUUGCCAAGCAAAUUGCAAGUUCACCUGAGAAAAUUUUUUACUUCAUUCAAUCAGAUUCUCAAAGCUAGACAAUUGGAGAAGCAAAAAAUGUGACAUUAGUUUAAUUUGUGUCUUAAGUGUCUAGUGAUUAACUGAUCAACCAAUUUACCAACCAUGGAACCAAAUGAUUUGAUUGAAAACUUGAUUCUACCCACAACCAUGUCACCCUUUUUGCUGAUUAAUUCACGUUCAUCUUCAUCAUCCAGAUUCUCUGAUUACAUUCAACCCUCAUCGACUCUUUACAUUGACGAAUCAUCUUCAUCAUUGCUACUACCAACAUCAACAUCAAACCCAACUCAGACCAACUCGACGGACCAAGAGUCUCGCUGGCUUCAAUCGGAACCUCUACUCAUCCCAGUCACUGUACUGUACAUAUUGAUACUCUUGGCUGGUGUCAUUGGUAACAUUUCAACGUGCAUUGUCAUUGCUCGAAACAAGUACAUGCGAACGGCCACCAACUAUUACCUCUUUAGUCUGGCCAUAUCUGACCUUUUACUACUCAUCUGUGGUCUUCCCCAAGAGUUGUAUCUCUUGUGGCGACGUCGACCCUACAUUUUUGGUGAAUUUUUCUGCAUCAUUCGCGGCCUCUCAUCUGAAACUUCCUCCAAUGCCUCAGUCUUGACCAUAACUGCAUUUACCAUUGAACGUUACCUGGCCAUUUGUCAUCCUCUCAAGGCUCACACAAUGUCCAAGUUGUCUCGAGUAAUUAGGUUAAUCAUUUUCAUCUGGAUUUGUGCUCUUCUCGGUGCUCUCCCUUUAGCUCUACAAUUUGGCCUUAAAUAUGAUGAAAACAUUAUCGAUGGUUCAUCUUCAAUCUCGGCCAUUGAAUCAACCGCCGAGUGUACAGUUAUAUCACCAAUUAAACACUCUUUUGCUAUUUCAUCGUUAAUCUUUUUCAUUAUCCCAUCACUUUUACUGACCGUCCUUUACCUUUCAAUUGGAUUACAUUUAAGGCAAAGUGAAGCUCUUAAACGUAACCAACCCGACAAGUGUAACUGCUGUAGUUGGUUUAAAUGUCGAUCCCAGCUACUCAAGAGUGCAACCCAAGGGUUGAGACAUUCACCAAGCAUCCAUUCCAAUAAUGUUGGUGAAGAUGAAAAUGAACAGGAGGAAGAUGAAGGGGACAAUAACAAUUGUGAGAGUAAAAAAAGUGUCCACUCGAGUAAUAAUUUUGUACUAGCCAAGUAUCACACAACUCUGUUGACCAGAAGUAGUUCACUUUAUUCAAAAUUUAAACCUUCACCUCCUUGUAUCCGUUAUACCGAUUCAAGAUCACCAUCAAAUCAUCAUUUACACAACACUAACCCUCACCACCAUAGUCACAAUAAACACAAUAAUCAAACUCAUCUUCACCAUUCUCAUUACCCACAUCACCACUAUCACAAUGAAUCCAGUGCAUCCUCAUCAUCUAGACGAGCAGUCAUUAAAAUGCUGGUUGCCGUUGUUGUGGCUUUCUUCAUGUGUUGGGCACCUUUCCAUGCUCAAAGACUCAUGGCUACAUAUGCAUCUGGCUCGACCCAGGCCGAGAUCGUUAUUUAUAACCUGUUAACCUACAUCUCUGGGAUAACUUAUUACCUUAGUACAACCAUCAAUCCCGUUCUGUACAGUAUCAUGUCAAUCAAGUUUCGCUCUGCAUUCAAGGAAACUUUGGGCUCAUGUUGUCGUAAGUCAACCUCUGACUCUGAUUUGGGUAAGUUUGCACGAGGAUCACGUUCAUCGUCACGGUUCAAUAGUACCCUUAAAUCAACCCUUGGACCCGAGACUGAGAUUAUAAUUGGCCCAUCAGAUUCAUUUAACGGUUCCUUUACUCGUCACUAAUCCAACAGUCAAUCCAUCACUGUCUUGUAACUCUCAUUCAGUCCAACAUUUUGUUGUCUUCUACGCCUUCUCCAUCAACUUUCCCCAUCACCAUCAUCAUCAUGUUCAUGUUCAUUGUUAUUCCAUCUCUUGUUCUUGUUCUUGAUCUCUCUUCUCAAUAUUUUCCCAUGAAAAAUCUUCUUCCCUUUCAAGCAUCAUGAAAGGCAAGAGAAGAGAAAAAAUUUUCAAUGUAAAUGAACAAGUGAAAGGAGUGAACACAAAACCGAAGAUCAAAGCAACAGUAAAACAAACACGAAAAAAAGUGAAUAAAGACUUUCAGAAUUGGAUAAUUGAUUGAGAAAUCAAAUUUUAUCCUGAAAAGUUCCAUCCAAUUAAAGUUGAUAUUUAGUUAUUCAGAAAACUAUUAGAAUUGUGAUAAUAGAAUGAAAAAUAAUUUACUAAUUACAGAUGCUAAUUAGCUGACAAUAAUCAAUUUCGAGACCAAAGUUUCCGUUGAAAGGGCAAAAUUUUCAAACUGCCUCAUUAGAUGAUAAAUUGAAUGAUAAUCAAAUGUCAACAUUCAACUUUUAAUUUAUUUGAAAAUUUAUUCCAAAUUCAGUGUUUUCUGUGUUUUCCGUUUCAUUUAUAUUUUGUUCCUGCAAUUUUGUAUUGUAUUUAAAGUAAUUUGUUUUGCUCACAUUUCAACCUCAUUUUAUCCUGCUUGUAACUCUGUUAUCAAUGAUGAUCAAUAAAACCCUUUGAAAUUUGUUUAUCGUUGUUGUCUGUUAAUUGUUGUAUUGUUGAUGUCAAAUGAAAUAAAUAGUCUCUUUUUUUUCAUGUUAAAAGUUC